GCCACGAUGUGCAUAUAAAAGAAUGACAAUAAAUCCUUAAGUUUCACCGAAAACUCCCUCAAUAUCAAUCUCACAACCUUUGAAGCUUGAAAAUCUUUCAGCUUUCUCGCUCAGACUUCGUUCCCUGCAGCACGCAAAUGGGCAUCCCUCACUUUCUUGCUAUACCAUAUCCAGUUCUUGGACAUGUGAAUCCCCUUAUGCAGUUCUCUCAGGUUCUAGCCAAACAUGGCUGCAAGAUCACAUUUCUCAACACAGAGUUCAGCCACAAAAGAGCAAAUAUAGCUGCUGGUGGUGCUGCUGGCCUAGACAAACUCAAUGAUGGUUCACAGAUAAAGUUUGUCACACUCCCAGAUGGUUUGGCCCCUGAAGAUGACAGAAGUGACCACCUCAAACUUGUUUUCUCAAUCAAAAACAAUAUGCCUGCUAUGCUUCCCAAGCUCAUACAAGACAUUAAUGCUUCCAAUGUUGACAAUAACAUCACUUGCAUAGUUGUUACAAUGAAUAUGGGUUGGGCCUUGCAGGUUGGCCACAAAUUGGGAAUUAAAGGUGCUUUUUUAUUUCCUGGCUCAGCAACUACAUUGGCCUCAUGUCAUUGCAUCCCAAACCUGAUUGAUGAUGGAAUCAUAGAUUCAGAUGGACUACCCACCAAAAAACAAGAAAUUCAGCUUUUCCCAGAUAUGCCUAUGAUGGACACAGCAGACCUACCAUGGUGUACCCUAGGUAAGACCCUGUUCCCUCAUAUAGUUCAAGAGAUGCAAACUAUGAAGUUAGGAGAAUGGUGGCUUUGCAACACCACUUGUGAUCUUGAGCCUGGGGCACUUGCCAUAUCACCAAGGUUCAUGCCAAUUGGUCCAUUGAUGGAAAGUGACAACAAUAUUAAAAGCUCAUUCUGGGAAGAAGACACAACUUGCCUAGAAUGGUUGAAUCAGCAUCCACCUCAAUCUGUCAUAUAUGUUUCCUUUGGUAGUUUGGCAGUUGUGGACCCCAACCAAUUCAAAGAAUUAGCUCUUGGACUUGAUCUCCUUAACAAGCCUUUUCUUUGGGUUGUGCGUCCAGAUAAUGAUAACAAUGUAAACAAUGUAUACCCUGAUGAAUUCAAUGGAAGUAAAGGUAAAAUUGUUGGUUGGUCACCACAGAAGAAGAUAUUAAACCACCCUGCAAUAGCUUGCUUCAUUACUCACUGUGGUUGGAAUUCUACUAUAGAAGGCGUCUGUGGUGGCAUACCUUUAUUGUGUUGGCCAUUUUUUAGUGACCAAUUUGUUAACAAGUCAUAUAUUUGUAAUGUGUGGAAGGUUGGAUUGGGAUUAGACAAGGAUGAAAAUGGAUUAAUAUCCAAGGAAGAGAUAGGGAAGAAGGUGGAGUUACUGCUUGGCGAUGAAGAAAUUAACGCAAGAUCAUUGAAGCUGAAGGAAAUGAUCAUUAAUAACAUGGUUAAAGGUGGCCAAUCUUCAACAAACAUCGACAAGUUUAUCAACUGGGCCAAUUAGUAAUACUUGGGCUAUAGUUUGGAUUGGAAUAUGGAAGUUGGAUUUUUUUUUAUUUUUUUUUGACUUUUUUGGUUUGAAAUUUAUUACAUACAUAUAUAUUAGACAAAAUGAUCUAGAAUAA